AUGUCACCCAGAACAGAGCGCACAAUACCAUUCUUGGCCCCUCUACUCUUCCUCCUAACCCUACUCCUGUUCCUGCAGCCAACGGCAGCACAAGAUCCCGUCGGUGACUUUUGCCGACGCUUCGGACACCAAUCAGCUGUUGUUGACAACCAGUUGUUCAUCGAUGGUGGCCUCGUCAAUUGGGACCCGAUCUCAGCUUUCAACGCCAAUUACUCGAAUGGAUACUUUCUCUAUCAAGACCUCUCAACAACGGCUACCUCGGGUGUACCCCCUCUCUAUGCAAACCUCUCCAAGAACUAUUCCAUUCCCCGCGUCUCAGGCGGUGCCCUCUGGUCAGACUCCGUCAAUAAGCGUCUAUACCUCUUUGGUGGCGAGCAAAGGAAGGAGGUACCCCCAAUGCCCUUUAGCCUUUAUGGAUACGACAUUUUGAACAAUCUGUGGAGCAAGUUCGGUCCAUCUAGGAAUGGGGACUCAAUGACUGCAGUAAGCUUUGGUGCUGGAGCUUCUGUAGACAGCCGCGGCGAAGCAUACUACUUUGGCGGAUGGCUGAGUAACCGCUCUGUGUCCGACUGGGGCAAUGCUCCGCCGGUGGCCACAACAGGGAUGGUGAGAUACAACAUGGACACAAACAGCUUCUCCAACAUCACUGGGCCAGACAAGACAAGGCGCGCUGAAGGUAGUCUACAUUAUAUUCCUGCUGGGCCUGGUGGAAUGUUGAUCUACUUUGGGGGUAUCCAAGAUCGGUCGGCCAACGGCACGGGAACUGGCCAGCCAAUGGACCAGAUUUUUGUAUUCGAUGCGCUCAACCACAAGUGGUAUACGCAAAAAGCAACAGGCGAGAUUCCUGGGAUGAGAGGGCGGUUCUGUGCGGGUGUGACUUGGGCCGCUGACCAGUCAUCUUACAAUAUCUACAUGUAUGGCGGUGCUACGGUCCCAGACGAUCCCGGCCCCGGGUAUGACGACCUCUAUGUCCUCACGAUUCCCACCUUCACCUGGGUAAAGAUGCCAACCCACGGCAGCAACGGAAGCGGAAAAUUUCCACGUCACUCCCUCUCCUGCAAUAUGGCUCCGGGCGGGGCCCAGAUGAUCGUCAUCGGCGGUCAAUUCCCGCUCACGCAGGAUUGCGACUCCCCGGACGCAUGGGGAACUCAUAUUAUCGACCUUGGGAAGCAGAACCCAAGCAAAGAUGUAUGGGAUGUCUACAAGCCGAACAAGACCGCAUAUAUUGUGCCGGAAGAGAUCAUCGCCGUUGUGGGUGGAAGCGGCAACGGCGGUGCGACUAACACGAUCCCAACGAACGGCUUUAACUCCACUGAGCUAGGCCUACUAAUUACUUGCAAGGCCGACAUUCCCAUCCGCACUCCGAUAAGGGCUUUCAAUGCUUCCGGUACACCAGCGCCGAAUACACACUUUCCUACGGGUGCGAUUGUCGGCAUUGCCGUUGGAGUUGCAGUAUUGGCUAUCGCCCUGGGGAUGGGAUGUUUCUUCCUCUGGCGCAGUCGUCACCAGCGACGACUUCACAACGGGACGUCACCGCCAGGCCCAAAGCAUGUGUACCACGCUCAUAGCAUGUCGGGAGCAUCGCCAUCACCGCCAUACGGCCACUCUACCCUCUCAUCUUCCCCUUCUCAACUUGCAUAUCAGCACUCGCCACACCCAAUGUCUGCACAUGCUCUAUCCCCGCAAAUGGGGUCACCGGUAGAGCUACCCUCUGAGUCUUUGCACUCAGCAUCGGUGGCUGGGGAUGGCUCAUCCAGACUGACGAAUAUUCCGUCCACUGUGUCGUACCCGCCACAGCGGGCAUAUUUCCCAGAGACUGCAACGCUGAUGAACCAGCCGCAUUAUGAUGCAGAUGGCAAUAUGUGGAUGCCGCAGGUGAGCAUGGUGCAACUGGCCACGGCGACGAGGGCGCCGCUGCCCGAGUAUACCCCAACGGGGAGCAAGCAGGAAACGAUAUCGCAGCCGGCGUAUGAACCACAGGAACUGAACGCGGAACCGGAAAAGGGCGGGGAGGAAAGCAUUAAGCACUAG